GGCCUCUCAUUCCCCUACUUUGUUAUCCAUGGCUAGCAAGAUGGUGCUUCCUCUUUUCUUCGUCUUCUCCGUCCUCGCCUCCUUUUCCCACGCUCUCGUCCAAGACUUCUGUGUCGCCGACCUCAAAUCCCCCGACACGCCCGCUGGCUUCCCUUGCAAGAAGGUGUCACUUGUUACGGAAAAGGACUUUGUUUACUCCGGCCUCGGUGUUGCUGGUAACACGUCAAAUCUCAUCAAGGCGGCUGUGACUCCAGCCUUCACUGCUCAAUUUCCCGGCGUGAAUGGCCUCGGAAUCUCAUUGGCUCGCCUUGACCUUGCGGUUGGCGGUGUGAUACCGUUCCACACCCACCCUGCUGCCUCCGAAGUUCUGCUCGUCGUCGAAGGCACAAUCUGCGCCGGGUUUGUUUCGUCGGCGAAUACCGUCUACUUCAAGACAUUGAACAAAGGUGACAUUAUGGUAUUCCCUCAAGGGCUACUACAUUUCCAAAUAAACUCCGGCAAGGGCGGUGCUCUUGGAUUUGUUAGCUUUAGUAGUGCCAACCCAGGGCUGCAAAUUCUCGACUUCGCCUUGUUCGGUAACGAAUUGCCGACCGAUAUCGUUGCGAAGACGACGUUCUUGGACCCUGCUACGAUCAAAAAGCUUAAGGGCGUUCUGGGCGGAAGUGGUUAGAUGAACUCGAUAGAGAAAAGUCUCCUAUAGAGAUUGAUUUUUAUUAGAGAGUCGUUAUUGUUAGUUGUUGGUGUGUCUUUGGCUGUGUCUUGUAGUUUUUUCCUUGUCGUCCACUUAAUCGUCGUAUCAUGUAUGGUGUCUGUAUCAUGUGUUUGGUAGCUUUAAGGUUGUAAUAAUCAUCCAUUGAUGUUUUUUUUUUAUUAAUCCUAAUUUAGAAUAAAGAAAAA